AUGGGCGACAAUAUGGGUAGGGCAGGAGGUGGGUGGAAAAUUGAGGUGUCGCGCUAUCUUAUACUGCACCCGGGGUCGCGUAAGAUCAGAUGGAAGACUGGGGAGACAGAUGCCAGCGCUGAUUCAGGUUGGAGGUUUUGGGAUGUUUGCUCUGGACUGCAGGGUUGCGGUUCAAGUCUUCAUUCCGUGUUCUGUGUUGGCUUGCUCAAGUCUACCAAUCCACCAGCAAGACAAGGCGCCUCGUCUCGUAGUAGGUCUGGUUGA